UAAGCACUGGUCGUGUAGUUUUUAUAAUAUUAAAAAACAAAUUUCAAAACAAAAAUGGAAAAGUGGAAUGGAAAAGUUGCUGUAGUGACUGGUGCUUCUUCUGGGAUCGGAGAGGAGACUUGUCGACAACUGGUUGACAAGGGAAUGAUUGUUGUUGGUUUUGCUAGGAGAGAACAUAAACUUCAGGAAUUAGAAAAAGAUUUAAAAGGAAAACUGGGUAAAUUUUAUUACGUUAAAGUUGAUUUGUGUUCGGAAGAAAACAUUUUGGAAGCUUUUAAAUGGGUGAAGAAAACAUUGAAAUCGGUUGAUGUAUUAGUUAACAAUGCAGGUGUUAUGAAGCAAAGUGAUUUAUUAGGAAACACAAGUGAUUGGAAAAAAAUGUUUGACACAAAUGUCAUAGGUCUUAAUAUUUGCACUAGAGAGGCAGUAAAACUCAUGGAAGAAUUAAAAAUCAAAGAGGGCCAUAUAAUAAAUAUUAACAGUAUUAUAGGUCAUUACCAAAUUCCAUUUGUAAAGGAUAUUUCAGUUUAUGGCGCUACCAAACAUAGUAUUACUUCAAUCACAGAAAGUUUAAGAGAAUUGAUGGGCAUGAAAGAUUUACCCAUCAGAGUCACGAGCAUCAGUCCGGGUGCAGUAGAAACUGAAAUGGCAGUAGGGUUUGGGUUAGAGAAAUUUAAAGGAAUAAAUGUUUUGAAAUCGAGUGACAUUGCUGAAGCUAUCAUUUACGUGUUGAGUGCACCGCAGCGUGUUAACGUCGUUGAAAUAAUCAUAAGGCCAACUAGCGAAAAUACAAUAGGAUUUAUUAAGAAUAUUUUAUAGGUAUCAAUUAAGCCAAAUACACCUCCACACCGUCAACAAUGCACGCGUAGGUAUAGUACGUAUUUCACUGCGUAUGAAUAAAUAUAUAAUACUAUGUAUACAUAAUUAUUAAUUACUUUCAUAUUACGGAUAUGUAUUUGUAAACCCGGUUGAUAACUUAUCUAUUGUAAAAAAGUCCACCCUCACCUAACUUUACGGAUUUACGUAAGUCUUAUAAAUCUUAAAUGACUUGCAAAUGCCAAAUAUUGUAUCCCUGGAUAUCAUUUUUUUUUUUUAUUUGGUGUUUGUUUUGUAAUUUUUUUUUAUUAUAUACUAUAUGAAGACGGUUUAUUUGUUGUGUUACUUUCAGUCUUUAGACUUUUUAAAUAAAUAAAUAAAUAAUGAAUAUUAAUUUACUUCGAUUGAAUACAAAAAAUUGUGUUUUUUUUUUCAUUAAAAUUUUAC